AUGGACAAAAGCUGGAUGAACUUGCCUAAUAGACUUCGAUCGCCUGCAUAUGCCGAGGGGGUUAACACUUUCCUCAACCUAGCACAAAACCAUUCUCGAGGAAGUGAUCGCAUUCGAUGUCCAUGCCGUGCAUGCUGUAAUACUCUCUUCUUGACUAUAUUUGAUGUGGAGACUCACUUGUUCAUGAAAGGGAUCAACCCAAAUUAUACCCAGUGGAUCUUUCAUGGGGAGGAGGAAACACGAAAUUUCAAUGAUGACGACGACGAUAGUGUUGCUGAUUCUUCCAAUGAAUACAUUGAUGACAUGGAUCAUAUGUUAGAUGACAUUCGGGCAGGCACAUUUGUGGACCACGCCCAAGAUCAUAGUAAUCCAUUGCCAACUGCUAAGUCAAUACCAGAUCCUGACAUCCUGAGUUCAUCUUUUGAGCAGCUACUAGAGGAUGCCCGACGUCCACUUUUUCCUGGCUGUACAAAAUUCUCAAAACUGUCAUUCAUUGUGAAGUUGUUACACAUUAAGACACUUGGUGGGUGGUCAAUAAAGUCGUUUGAUAUGCUACUUAAUUUGUUGCGGACUGCCUUUCCUGAUGCUGAAUUGCCACAUUCAUAUGAGGAGUCAAGGUGGGUGCCUAAUACACACAAUGCUCGUCCUAUCCCUCAAAAAGUGUUGAGGCAUUUUCCUUUGAAGCCAAGAUUGCAACGUCUUUUCAUGACUGCAAAUAUAGCACGUGAUAUGAGGUGGCAUAAAGAGCAACGGCCAACCGAUGAUGGGGAAAGUAUGAGACAUCCUGCAGACGCAGAGUCCUGGAAGAGAUUUGAUGAAGACUAUAGUUGGUUCGCACAGGAUGCUCGCAACGUUCGGCUUGGUCUCGCAAGUGACGGUUUCAAUCCUUUCAACAAUAUGGCUAAACCGUAUAGCAUUUGGCUGGUUAUCCUGGUACCGUAUAACUUGCCACCGUGGUUGUGCAUGAAGGACCAAUUCUUCAUGACAUCCCUCAUUAUUCCUGGACCAAAAUCUGCAGGUAAUGACAUUGAUGUUUACUUGCAACCGUUAGUCAACGAACUGCUUGAAUUUUGGGAACAAGGGGUACCUACGUAUGAUGCCUCCACAAAGGAAACCUUCAUGUUGCACGCUGCUUUAAUGUGGACAAUCAAUGACUUUCCAGCCUAUGGAAUUCUUUCUGGUUGGUCAACAAAAGGAAGAUUGGCUUGUCCUACUUGUAAUGAGGCCACAGACGCCAAUUGGUUGAAGUAUGGCAGAAAACAUUGUUAUAUGGGACAUCGUCGUUUCUUGCCGCCCCAUCACAUGUGGCGAAAGAGAAAAAAUGACUUCAAUGGUAAAGAAGAUCAUCGCAUGCCACCAAGGGUUUUAGAAGGAUCAGAUAUUGAAGCUCAACUGUUGAUGCUUGGGGAUGUGCAAUUCAGUAAAUCUCAUCAAAAGAGAAAACGAACUGUUGAGGAGUUGAACUGGACAAAAUAUAGCAUUUUCUUCAAGCUACCGUAUUGGAUAACCCUACGUCUUUGA